AUGCAAAGCCUUGAGGAGGUUGAACUCUGCUUUCCUCAGCUCAUCAACUUCUCCUGCAGGAGGAUCCUACGUCCUCAUUCGACAUCCAUGCUCAUAUACUUUUCACUGUCUUCUUUGUCUUGGCUCACAGUGACUCUUAACUUACUGGUCAUCAUCUCCAUCGCCCAUUUUAAGCAGCUUCACACACCCACCAACAUCCUCCUCCUCUCCUUGGCGGUUUCAGAUUUCUUUGUAGGCUUCCUAAUCAUCUUUCAGAUUCUCCUUAUUGAUGGCUGCUGGUAUCUUGGUGACCUUAUGUGUAUUAUUUAUUACAUCAUUGAUUAUAUUAUUACAUCUGCCUCAGUAGAGAACAUGGUGCUUAUAUCGGUUGACUGUUAUGUCGCUGUUUGCAACCCUUUUCAGUACCCCACAACAAUCACUCAAAAAAGAGUGUGUGUUUGCGUUUCAUUAUGUUGGAUGUUUUCUACCGUCUGUGUCUUUAUAGUCUUCAAAGGGAAUCUGGAACAACCAGGCAGAUUCAAUUCCUGCUCUGGAGAGUGUGUAGCUGUGUUUGAUCAAGUUGCUGGCUUAAUAGAUAUUUUGUUUUUUUGCAUUGGUCCUGUCACUGUCAUCAUUAUUCUGUAUGUGAGAGUAUUUGUGGUGGCUGUGUCUCAGGCUCGUGCCAUGCGCUCUCAUGUUAUAGCCAUUUCUCUCCAGAGUACAGUAAAAGUUAACCUUAAGAAAUCUGAGCUGAAAUCAGCAAGGACUCUUGGGGUUGUUGCAUGUACAUUUUUAAUAUGCAUCUGUCCAUAUUUUUUUCUCUCACUAACAAGUGAGGGCACUGAACUAAAUGUUUUAUCAUUUGCCUUUUUUCUGUUUUAUCUAAACUCCUGUCUAAAUCCAAUAAUUUAUAUAAUAUUUUAUCCCUGGUUUAGGAAAUCUAUCAAACUAAUUUUUACCCUGCAGAUACUGAAGCCUGGCUCCUCUGAGUUCAACUUAGUGUAG